GUCAGAGAGCUGCCAGGUGCUGUCUGUUAGUGUGGAAUCGAGGCUGUGGCUGUGGUAUCUGUUUAGAUACGCACUCCUUUUGAGAGGGCACAAGGAAUACAUGUUAGGUUUGGCAGGUAUUGACCUCAAAGGUCCUAUCCCUCUAAGUGUUGACAGCUAUCCGCUGAUCUAGUGGGUCAAAGCUGUGGUGCUGUCAGUAGUGUCGCCUGCUCUCCUGGACAGUCUCUGCUCAACGGCGGUGGAGUGAUGAGGUCGCUGUGGAGCUUGGGCCUUGCUUUCCUCUUGGCCUUGACCUCCAGGGCCGGAGGACUCGAUAUCCCCCUGGAAGUGGAGCAGCUACCGACCAUAACAGUGCAGACCGCUGGCCCUGUCAUUGCCUUACCCUUUGAAGGCAGUUUUUCCAUGAGAUGUGAAGCCAAAGGCAACCCACAACCAGUAUACAGAUGGACAAAAGAUGGCCAGGCCAUAGAUCCCCUCUUCGACUUGGGGGUCAAAAAAGAGAGAAACAAUGGGAGUUUUGUGAUUCAUAGCGGGCUCCUUGCGCAGUUCCAGGGGAUGUAUCAGUGCUACGCUUCAAACAAUCUGGGAACAGCAGUAUCAGAGGAAAUUGAACUCAUUGUACCAAGUACCCCAAAGUUCCCCAAAGAGAAGAUUGCCCCAAUAGUUGUUAAAGAGGGCCAGCCUGUGAUUCUGGAAUGCAAUCCACCACAGGGGAUCCCUCCACGAAAGAUCUACUGGAUGACUAUUGGUCUCCAACAUAUUGAACAGGAUGAGAGGGUGUCCAUGGGCCAUGACGGCAACCUCUACAUCUCCAACGCCCUGGAGAAGGAUAGCCGGAGAGACUACUGCUGCUUCGCUGCAUUCUCCGUCAUACGGACCAUCGUUCGGAAGACAGCCAUGUCGGUGGUCGUCAAGAGCUCCUAUGCCAUUCCAGAGAGAAGACCGAGCCUUCUGGUACCCUCUGGUGUUCAGUCAGAGGUACGGCUGCUGAAAGGAGAGGAGCUGGUGCUAGAGUGUAUAGCAGAGGGAUUUCCAACUCCUGUGAUUGAAUGGACAAAAAGGACAGAGAAGCUACCGAAACGGGCAAAUCUAAAAAACUAUGGGAAACGUUUAACCAUUAAUAACAUUGAAGAGGAGGAUGAUGGGAAGUACACGUGUGAGGCGAGGAACUCUGUCGGAGACACAGUCCACUACUUCAACGUCAUGGUGGAGGAGCCACCAAGAUGGCAGCCGGAGCCACCCAAGGGCCAGUUGGCUGUUGUUGGCUCUGACGUGCACAUCAAGUGCUCUGCCUCGGGAAAGCCACGGCCGGUUAUCUCAUGGAGGAAGAACGGACAGCCUCUGGACGAUGGCCCGUCAUCGAACAGACAAGUGCUUGAUGAUACCCUAGUGUUGCACAGGGCCAGGCCUGAGGACAGUGCCGUCUACCAGUGUGAAGUCUCCAACAGACAUGGCACCAUCCUGGCUAAUGCUAACAUCAUGAUCAUAAAUCUCCCACCUCAGAUGCUGACUAAGGAUUACCAGCAAUAUUCAGUAGUGCAAGGGAGGAACAUCAUCAUGGACUGCAAAGUAUUCAGCUCCCCUCCAUCCACUGUUUCCUGGAACAAGGAUGCCACUACGGAAUCUGUUGAGGGGGAACGAUUCUCAGUUUUUAAGAAUGGAUCGCUGCAGAUCAACCAGGCAGGGAAAGAAGACAGUGGGGAAUAUGUAUGUUUCGCAACCAAUUCGGAGGGAAAAUCAGCCAUCACAGCCUUGUUGGACGUCAAAGAUCCCACCCAAAUCGUGGAGCCGCCGCAGGACCUGCACAUAUUAAGUGGAACCACAGCCCAGCUUACAUGCCAAGCAGAGUAUGAUAUAUCUCUUAGGAACGAGUUUCAAAUAGUCUGGAGCAAGGAUGGGGAAGAGAUACCCCCAUUCACAGAACAGUCCAGAUAUUUUCUGGAUGAUGGAAUGCUUCAAAUUAUCAAUGUAAACCAAAGCGACAAGGGAACAUACACAUGUACCGCCAGAACCAAUCUAGACCAGGACACCGCCUCUGCACUUGUUACUGUACUGGAUGUCCCUGAUGCGCCAGAGGAUGUGAAGCUGUCUGAACAAAAGAGCUGGAGUGUCCGGUUGGCCUGGGUACCCGGUGACGACCACAACAGCUCUGCCACUGAGUUCAUAGUGGAGUACGAGGAGAGUCAGUGGGAUCCUGGGACUUGGCGAGAACUCCAGCGAGUCCCUGGCAACCAGGUCACAGCUUUGUUGACAUUACACGGCCACCUGAACUACCAGUUUAGAGUGUAUGCAGUUAAUGGCAUUGGGAAAGGGCCACCAAGCAACCCCACAGACCGAUAUAAAACCCCUCCUGCAGCUCCUGAUAAAAACCCAGAAAACAUCAAAAUUCAGGGUCAUCUGCCCCAUCAAAUGGAUAUCAGUUGGGAGCCACUAUUGCCUGUGGAGCACAAUGGUCCAGGCCUGGAGUACAAGUUGAGCUACAGGAAACUGGGAGUAGAAGAUAUCUGGAAAGAGCAUUUUGUCAAGAGACACACCUUUGUCAUCAAGAACACCCCCACAUUCAUCCCCUACGAGAUCAAGAUCCAGAGUCGCAACAGUCACGGCUGGGGCCCAGAACCCAAAGUAGUGACAGGGUACUCCGGGGAAGACUUGCCUACAGCUUACCCACAGGACGUGGCAGUGGAGGUGUUGAACACCACCCUUCUCAGAGUCAGUUGGACGAGGGUUGCCCAGGCAACAUUGCGAGGUCAUCUGGGAGGCUACAAUGUGCACUGGCUGAGGAAACGGAGUCUCCUACAUUCCAACAGAAUUCCUGAAGAGAGACAUGUCCUGACGUUCCCAGGGAACAGGAGCCAUGCCAUGGUACCUGGCCUCAGACCCUUCUCGGAGUACAGACUUACCGUCAACGUCUUUAACAAAAGGGGCAACGGCCCCAAUAGUGACCCCGUCACCUUCCAGACUCCAGAAGGAGUUCCCGAACAAGUGCCCAUUCUGACAGUGUCAAACGCCCAGAGAGACUCUAUCACCCUGGUGUGGGCACCCCCCUUUGAGGCCAACGGCAUCCUUACGGGAUAUCUCCUGCAGUACCAACUCAUAAAUGAGACGUUGGCGAUGGGGGACAUGCAGGAGGUGAACGUCAGCAGUGCCGACACCACCCAGUGGCUCCUGCAGGGCCUGGGGGAGAUGAGCAAAUACAUGUUUUACUUGAGCGCCUGCACCAGGGUGGGUUGCGGACCCCAGCGUAUGGAGGAGGGUAGCACGGUCACAGAAGCAAAUUUCUCCUCCAUUCCAGCUGUGGCACCCACUGAAUCAGUCCCAGCCCUGUUUAACAUAAGCUCCUAUGUGAGUGACACCUUUGUAAAAAUCAGCUGGACUGCCGGGGACAAGCAACAGGACUCUCAGCUUUAUGUCACUUAUAUGAAUAACCGUGAAGGUAACUGGAGGAUUUCAGAAGCAGUAAACACUUCUAAGAAUUUCCACUUGAUUGACGGGCUGGAGCCUGGGACGGUGUACACUGUGCGUCUCUUGGCUAAGUCACAGCUCGAUAAUGCUAGUAUUUUCGAAGACGUUAUACAGACCAGUGUUAAAGGUUUGGCCAGUCUUCACUUGGGAGUUUCUACCCAGGGCUGGUUCAUCGGGAUGAUGUGCGCUGUGGCUCUUCUCACCCUCACCGUGCUCAUCGCAUGCUUCGUGACCCGCAACAAGGGUGGCAAAUACGCAGUAAAGGAAAAGGAGGAUCUCCACCCUGAAGUUGAGUCCCAGGGCAUGAAUGAUGACACAUUCUGUGAUUACAGUGAGGAAAACCCACUGAAGGCUAGCCAAUGUUCCCUGGAUCAGGGCAUGGGAGGGGACAGCGACUAUGGGGACGAAGAAGAAUGCCAGUUCAACGAAGAUGGCUCAUUUAUCGGUGAAUACUCUGGCCACAAAAACAGAGGCUCUGUAAGAUCCAGCCCAGUCACUACGUGAAGAGACAAAUGCUUCCUUCGGACUUCCCUCUGAAGGGUGUGUGACAGCAAAAGGAAAUGAAUGGCAUCAUCUAUGUGAUGCAUGCCAUUGAUCAGAAAUGUUAAAUUCCUGUAAAUCACAAUUGUAUAUGAUACAUAUUUAUAUUGUACCUCCACAUUGUGACGGAUUCAUAAGGAAAUGUUUUCACAUUCUUGUAGACAGGAUUGGACAUCUGCCGUUUCAAUAUACAGUACCAGUCAAAAGUUUGGACACUUUAUUUUCACUAUUUUCUAUAUUGUAGAAUAAUAGUUAAGACAUAAACUAUGAAAUAACACAUAUGAAAACAUGUACUGUAGUAACCAAAAAAACUGUUAAACAAAUCAAAUUAUAUUUUCUAUUUUAGAUUCUUCAAAGUAGACACCCUUUUCCUUGAUGACAGCUUGCACGUUCUUUGCAUUCUCUCAACCAGCUUCACCUGGAAUGCUUUUCCAACAGCUUUGAAGGAGUUCUCACAUAUAUUGAGCACUUGUUGGCUGCUUUUCCUUCAGUCUGUGGUCCAACUCAUCCCAAACCAUCUCAAUUGGGUUGAGGUACGGUGAUUGUGGAGGCCAGGUCAUCUGAUGCAGCACUCCAUCACUCUCCUUCUUGGUCAAAUAGCCCUUACACAGCCUGGAUGUGUGUUAGGCCACUGUGCUGUUGAAAAACAAAAUAUAGUCCCACUAAGCGCAAACCAGAUUGGAUGGCGUAUCGCUGCAGAAUGCAAUGGUAGCCAUGCUGGUUAAGUGUGCCUUGAAUUCUAAGUAAAUCACUGACUGUGUCACCAACAAAGCACCAUCACACCUCCUCCUCAAUGCUUCACGGUGGGAAUCACACAUGUGGAGGUCAUCUGUUCACCUACUCUGUGUCUUAAAACAUGGCGGGUGGAACCAAAAACCUCCAAUUUGGACUCAUCAGACCAAAGGACAGAUAUCUGCCGGUCUAAUUUCCAUUGCUCGUGUUUCUUGGCCCAAGAAAGUCUUUUCUUGUUAUUGGUGUCCUUUAGUAGUGGUUUCUUUACAGCAAUUCGACCAUGAAUGCCUGAUUCACACAGUCUCCUCUGAACAGUUGAUGUGUCUGUGACUUUUAUUUAGGCUGCUUUCUGAGGCUGGUAACUCUAAUGAACUUAUCCUCUGCUGCAGAGGUAACUCUGGGUCUUCCUUUCUUGUGGCGGUCCUCAUGAGAGACAGUUUCAUUAUGGGGCUUGAUGGUUGGGGCGGCAGGACUAGUAACCGGAAGGUUGCAAGUUCAAACCCCCGAGCUGACAAGGUACAAAUCUGUCGUUCUGCCCCUGAACAGGCAGUUAACCCACUGUUCCUAGGCCGUCAUUGAAAAUAAGAAUUGUUCUUACCUGACUUGCCUGGUUAAAUAAAGGAAAAAAAGAAUGGGUGAACUUGCACUUGAAUAAACUUUCAAAGUUCUUGAAUUGUUCUGUUUUGACUGACCUUUAUGUCUUAAAGUAAUGAUGGACUGUUGUCUCUCUGCUAAUUUGAGCUGUGCUUGCCAUAAUAUGGACUUAGUAUGGGCCAUCUUCUGUAUUCCACCUGUCAUGGUUCCUCCUGGCACCAGAGGGAGGCAGGUGUGUCUUAUUAUUUCAUAAUUGUGUCCCUGCUUAAAGAGGAGUGUUUUCUGUGGUCCUUUGCAGAAGCUUAAAUUGUUUACUGUGUGCAUUUUGUUUCAGUCAAUUUUCGAUACUUAGUGUUUGUUGUUUUUUCUGGUCUCUUCUCUGCACCUGGGUCCAACCUUACCACGUCACACCACCCCUACCUUGACACAACACAACUGAUUGGCUCAAACGCAUUAAGAAGGAAAGAAAUUCCACAAAUUAAUUUUCAACAAGGCACUCCUAUUAAUUGAAAUGCAUUCCACGUGACUACCUCAUGAAGCUGGUUGAGAGAAUGCCUAGAGUGUGCAAAGCUGUCAAGGCAAAUGGUGGCUACUUUGAAUAAUCUCAAAUAUAACCUGGAUUUUGAUUUAACAAUGUUUUGGUUGCUACUUUUUCCAUAUGUGUUAUUUCAUAGUUUAGAUGUCUUUCUUAUUCUACAAUGUAGAAAAUAGUAAAAAUAAAGAAAAACCCUUGAAUGAGUAGGUGUGUCCAAACUUUUGACUGUUACUAUAAAUACACUAUAUAUAUCUUUAAAAAGAAAAGGUAGACAGCAGACACAUAUAUCAUUAAUAACGAUGCAUGAUUUCUUAUGUUUUUACUUUCUUAGAAAAGGUCAACAGAUAUGAGGCAUAAACAUUCUUUAUACCACGGUAUUGUUGAAUACUUGUUUCUGAUUGGCUUGUAUGACAUUCUAGAGUGUGUAUUAUGUAAGGAAUAAUCAAUGAGUUGCUCUGCGUUCUAUGGAAAAUAAUGAAGGACCUGGAAGUUGUGUUCCACGAUAUGCAGGGUGGAAUUGACCUUCCACUGAGUUGGAUUAUUUUCCAGACAACCCCGAGUUGAUAAUCCCUUUCAUACCAGGGCUAUAAUUUAGCACAUUUGCCACUAGAAAUGUGUUCAUUUGCUGGUAUACAUUUUUUUAUUAAACUUUUGCUUUCAAAACCUUUACAUGUAAGACAUGUAAGACUUAAUUAUAGCCAUCGAAUUCUACCGAGAUAAUAUAGCGUGGGCGACAAGGUCUAAUCGUGAAUGCUGAUUGGUUAAAACCGUAAAUGGUGUCUAUUCCACCAUUUACCAUCGGCUAAAUCUAUGAUGUUAAAAUGCCUAUAUUUGUGGCCAAAAGUUUUGAGAAUGACACAAAUAUUAAUUUCUACAAAGUUUGCUGCUUCAGUGUCUUUAGAUAUUUUCGUCAGAUGUUAAUAUGGAAAACUGAAGUAUAAUUACAAGCAUUUCAUAAGUGUCAAAGGCUUUUAUUGACAAUUACAUGAAGUUGAUGCAAAGAGUCAAUAUUUGCAGUGUUGACCCUUCUUUUUCAAGACCUCUGCAAUCCACCAUGGCAUGCUGUCAAUUAACUUCUGGGCCACAUCCUGACUUAUGGCAGCCCAUUCUAGCAUAAUCAAUGCUUGUGGGUUUUUGUUUGUCCACCCGCCUCUUGAGGAUUGUCCACAAGUUCUCAAUGGGAUUAAGAUCGGCGGAGAUUCCUGGCCAUGGACUCAAAAUAUUUAUGUUUUGUUCCCCGAGCCAUUUAGUUAUCACUUUUGCCUUAUGGCAAGGUGCUCCAUCAUGCUGGAAAAGGCACUGUUCGUCACCAAACUGUUCCUGGAUGGUUGGGAGAAGUUGCUCUGUGUUGUGUUGGUACCAUUCUUUAUUCAUGGCUGAGUUCUAAGGCAAACUUGUGAGUGAGCCCACUCCCUUGGCUGAGAAACAAACCCACACAUGAAUGGUCUCAGGAUGCUUUACUGUUGGCAUGACACAGGGCUGAUGGUAGCGCUCACCUUGUCUUCGCCGGACAAUCUUUUUUCCGGAUGCCCCAAACAAUCGGAAAGGGGAUUCAUCAAAGAAAAUUACUUUACCCCAGUCAUCAGCAGUCCAAUCCCUGUACCUUAUGCAGAAUAUCAAUCUGUCCCUAAUGUUUUUCCUGGAGAGAAGUGGCUUCUUUGCUGCCCUUCUUGACACCAGGCCAUCCUCCAAAAGUCUUUGCCUCACUGUGCGUGCAGAUGCACUCACACCUGCCUGCUGCCAUUCCUAAGCAAGCUCUGGUGGUACCCCAAUCCCACAGCUGAAUCACAUUUAGGAGACGGUCCUGGCGCUUGCUGGACUUUCUUGGGCGCCCUGAAGCCUUCUUCACAACAAUUGAACCACUCUCCUUGAAGUUCUGGAUGAUCCGAUAAAUGGUUGAUUUAGGUGCAAUCUUACUGGCAGGAAUAUCCUUGCCCGUGAAGCCCUUUUUGUGCAAAGCAAUGAUGACGGCACCUGUUUCCUUGCAGGUAACCAUGGUUGACAGAGGAAGAACAAUGAUUCCAAGCACCAUCCUCCUUUUGAAGCUUCCAGUCUGUUAUUCGAACUCAAUCAGCAUGACAGAGUGAUCUCCAGCCUUGUCCUCGUCAACACUCACACCUGUGUUAACAAAAUAAUCACUGACAUGAUGUCAGCUGGUCCUUUUGUGGCAGGGCUGAAAUGCAUUGGAAAUGUUUUGGGGGGUUCAGUUCAUUUACAUUGGUAAAGAGGGACUUUGCAAUUAAUUGCAAUUCAUCUGACCACUCUUCAUAACAUUCUGGAGUAUAUGCAAAUUGCCAUCAUACAAGCUGAGGCAGCAGACUUUGUGAAAAUUAAUAUUUGUGCCAUUCUCAAAACCUUUGGCCACAACUGUAUUUACUCUGUUCCAUCUGACUGCUCAAUCCACUGUCUCGUCAGCCCAGCCAAGCAAUUUAUAAACUUGAUCUCCACUACAUUAUCUCACAUUUCUUUUAGACUAACAUUUUGUUUUCAACAGCGGAGAUUUGUAUAAACUUUGCUGUCUGACAUUUGCAGCAUUGUUUCAAUAUUCAAAUUCUAUCUCCAGCUGUCUCAUAGUAAUGAACAUGUCAGGAGUCGAAAAGAGACAAAGGCAUUAUAGCCGUGGUAUAAGUGGGAUAAUCAAUCCUGAGCUCUAUGCAUUCUAUGGAAAAUAAUGUAACUCCGUGGAAGGUUAGUGCCACUCUGCUGCGCACCUUGGCACACACCUUCCACGUUGUGUAUUAUUUUCUAUAGACUGCCUAUCCCCUCGUUGAUUACCUUUACAUAAUUACUUGAUCCUACUUGUGUAUAUUUAAUUUUCACAAUGUUAAGUGUUUUUAAUUGUAUUUUUAAAUCAUCACUGUAUGUCUAAUACAUCACUGUGUUUGUUUAUUUCAUGAAAAUAACUCCAAAUAUAUUUUUUGUCAUUUAUUUCCCUGAGCCUCCUUUCGACAUUGAAAUUCUCAGUCUGAUCGUUUGGGCGUUGAUACAAAUUAAAAUAUAUUUACUAUAAAUUCACAGCCCUGAUUGUCGGAUAUAAUUGUCUAGACCCCUUCACUCAACUCUGGACCUCGAAGACAGUUCCACUGUGUUUUUUAAAUUAUAGGAGAACAAUCAGGGACUGAUUUAGACCUGGGACACCAGGUGUGUGCAAUUAUCAGGUAGAACAGAAAACCAGCAGGCUCUGGACCUCGUAGGGUAAGAGUUGAGUACCCCUGCUCUAGAGCCUACUCAGCUUACCCCUUCAAAGUAGGAGGAUUAUGCAUGCAAAUAAAAGAUGAUUGGUCCUUGGUCAGAAUAAUAAGAUCUGAUUGUGAUGUCAUGAUCUUGGUCAAAAACUUCAUCCCACCUGAACAGGCUGAAAUUCCAGACAUUCUUUAAAAAAAUCUGUUACAUAAUUUUCACAACUUCAUGCUGUUAUUCGACCUCAGUGUGGAAAUAUCAUCAGAAUAACAGGAAAUCAAGUUUUUCAUGGCACUGCCCUUUUAAUACUUCACAACACUGUAUAUAUUGUAGAAAACAAAAGUUGGCUUUGUAUGCAAUGUGUGAAUGUUACUGUGGUUGAUUGCAUUUUAUAAUGUUAAUACUAAUGUCUAAUGUGUUUUUGUAAAUGAUAGGAUCAAACAUAUUACAGGUGUUUCCAUCCCUGCUUUGGAAAACUGUCUACUAGUAAAUUAAAUGUAAAAGACUAAUUUAAUAAUUGAAAUAAUUAUAUGCUAGUGAAAUUCAAAAAAAUGUAAAUACAAAUUAUAAUGAAAUCACCAUAUGCACAUCGAUAGUACAGUAGAAGGUGUACAAGCUGUGUAUGCUGUAAAAUCGUGUUCGGGCAUUGGUCGAAUUUAGGUCAGUUUUCAUUUUAAUUUCCUGUCAAAAUCAUGGCAUGAACCAAUUUCAUUCAACAGAAGGUUGGCAUUCCUAAUAAAUUUCUUAGGUUGCUGCAGUUGUUAUAGUAUUCAAGAUAAUGAUAUUUUUCACUCUAUCACUUGUCAACAUUUAAAAAUUUACACCAGCAGCAUACCACCCUGCAUACCACUGCUGGCUUUCUUCUGAAGCUAAGCAGGGCUGUUCCUGGUCAGUUCCUGGAUGGGAGACCAGAUGCUGCUGGAAGUGGUGUUGGAGGACCAGUAGGAGGCACUCUUUCCUCUGGUCUAAAAAAUAUAUAUAUAGGUUGCUGUCUUUCAGAUGUGCUGUUAUACAGGUGUCCUGACUCUCUGAGGUCAUUAAAGAUCCCAUGGCAUGUAUUGUAGGGGUCUUAACCCUGGUAUCCUGCUAAAUUCCCAAUCUGUCCCUCAAACCAUCAUGGUCACCUAAUAAUCCCCAGUUUACAAUUGGCUCAUUCAUCCCCUUACUAUUCCCCAGGUCGUUACUUCAAAUGAGAAUGUUUUCUCAGUCAACUUACUUGGUAAAAUAAUGGCUAAAUACAUUUUUUUUAAACAACUGCUAGUUGGCCAUUCCAAGAACAUUCUAUCGUGCCUGAAUGUAAGUGUGCAUCCCAAAUGGCACCCUAUUCCCUAUAUAGUGCACUAAUUUUGAACAGAUCAGUGCACUAGGCCUAGAUGGGGAACAGUGUGCCAUUUGGGACAAAUCCUAACUGUGAGUGGUUCCCACUAAACAGGAGAUGAGUCGAUUCUUCCCAUCUCUAUUGGUUUGGAAUUCCGCUUCAUCAAAGGUGCAAUUUUCCGGAAAAUUAAAAUUGGGGGAGGAAUUACACUGAACAAAAAUAUGAACGCAACAUGGAAAGUGUGGUUCCCAUGUUUCAUGAGCCAAAAUAAAAGAUCCCAGAAAUGUU